AUGAGGAGGGGUACCGCGCUGACGCUGGCGCUGGAUGUGGCGCCCUACGCGCUCGUCGCCGUUGCCGUCUUCACCGCCGCGUUCGGCGCCCCGGUCCUGACGCGGCUGUGCGCGGUCGUGUUGGCGACGUACGCCGGCAACGCCGUGUUCGGCGAGUGCGACCUGGCGUCGCGGGCGCUGGGAGACGCGCCCCGAUCGGCGUACCGCGGUAAGACGGUGUGGAUCACCGGCGCGUCGCAGGGCCUCGGCGAGGAGCUCGCGCUGCACCUGGGCUCCAUGGGCGCCAAGCUGAUCCUCUCGAGCCGGCGGGAGGAGACGCUGCGGCGGGUGUGCGAGGCGGCGACCGCGGCGGGAGCGGAGGACGCCCGCGCGCUGACCCUCGACGCGCGAGCGGGUUCCGCCGCGAUGCGCGAGAAGGGAGCCGCGGCGCUCGCGCUCGCGAGGAAGAUGGCGGGAGCCGGCGACGGGAUCGACGGCACCGACGCGGACGUCGGCGUCGACUACCUCUUCCACGUCGCGGGGGGGUCGCAGCACGCAGCCGCCGAGGACACCGCCGACGAGGUCGAUCGGGACAUGUUCGAGCUCAACACCAUGAGCGCCAUCGCGCUCACCAAAGCUUUGCUCCCGUCGAUGCUCGCGCGCAGGAAGGGCACCAUCGUCGCCGUCGGAUCCAUGGCGGUCAAGUGCCCCGCCCCGGGACAGGCCACCUACGCGGCGACCAAGGCGGCGCUGUCCGCGUUCUGCCACUCGCUCCGCGGCGAGGUUGCGGACCGGGGCGUCUCCGUGACGGUGGCGCACCCGGGCCCCAUCGCCACCGGCUUGGGCGGCCAGACGCGGAAGGAGAGGCGAUUGGACGCGACGUUGGUGGCGAAAAGAAUCGCGGCGGGCGCUGCGCUGGGGUUGGACGAGGUCGUCCUCGCCACGCAACCCAUCAUGCUCCUGCGCAACUUCAUGCAGUUCGUGCCGAGCGUCGGGUUCAGGGUGCUGAACAAGGUGGGGCCGAAACGGACGCGCGCGGCGCGUUUGGGGGUCAGCAUGUACGAGCUCAAGUAG